GAAUCCCAAACCCAGACCAGUGGGAGGAGUCCAAACCCUAGAAAGAACAGAAGGAGAGGAGAGACGAAAGAAUCAAAACCUCAGCUUAGCUCAACUGAAGAUGGCGACGAGGAGGCUGCAAGCAUCCUCUUCAUCAAUCUAUCGCUUCCUUCUUCUUCAGUCUCAAUCUCAACAGGCGAUUACAGCACCGGGAAUUUUGCAAUCAGGUAUUCAGCUUUCGAAAGAUGGAGCACGAAACCAUUACUCCACUUUUAAUACUUCUCCAUUCAGAGUCAACUUCACCUCUCCCAUGUGCACUUCUGCUCAGAAGAGAGCUUCACAAGCAGCGGUAGCCAAAUCCAUGGGAGAUGACAGCAAGAUAACAAUUGGACCAAAGAGCGGAGAACUUGAUAAAGACAGUAAAGAAUCUGGGGUUGUAUACUACGGACCGAUCUCAUCAACCGUAAAAAAAGUGAAACUUCUGUCCCUCUCAACUUGCUGCCUUUCGGUUUCCCUUGGACCCGUCAUAACUUUCAUGACUUCACCUGACAUGAAUGUAAUCCUGAAAGGAGCAGUUGCGUCCACCGUUAUUUUCCUCAGCGCAUCCACAACUGCAGCUCUUCACUGGUUUGUGAGUCCAUAUAUUCACAAGCUAAAAUGGAAACCAGGUUCAGCGACUUUUGAUGUUGAAAUGCUGUCAUGGUUGGCUACGUCGAUCCCCAAGACGAUCAAGUUCUCGGAUGUUAGGCCGCCAGAGACAAAUCGGCCGUUUGUGAGCUUUAAGGCUGAUGGUAACUUCUAUUUUGUUGAUGCUGAGCACUGCCAUGAUAAGAAUCUGUUGGCCUUGUUGACUCCUCAGAAGUCAGCUCAUGAAUCUGCAUUCAAGAAUCUGUAAAAGAGCAGGAGUUAUAUGUUGCCUUAAUUUCAUUUUGGUUGUUGCAUAAAUAGGAUUCGCCUCAUAGAAUAAAAUAGUCGUGUGCCUUUGGUUGUAUGCUGAUGAAAGUUUAUUUCCUGGCUGAAAAGCUGUAGAGGUUGGCAUCUAGCUGCUUGUUUAGGUUCGAGUAGGAUGGCGAAUGUAUGUUAUGUUGAGAUAUGUCCUAGUUAAUUAUAAAAUGCGGGUGAGCUUGCUAAACAAUUCCACUCUGGGACGUAAUCGUUACUUUUGUUCGAAGAAUAAGUAACAUGCUCCAUGUCUUCAUCAUUUCAA